AACGUAGAUAUUUUAUCAAGGCCAGGUAAGUGAAACUAACCGGUCACAUACUUUCUAUUUGUUAUAUAAACCAUUUACCAUUAAGUAAACUAAAGGCUCUACCCAGUUUUCCCAACCCAACUACAUAGAUUUUUUUCCUCGGGUGUGGUUUGAUUGCCGCUCCUUUCAUGUUGCUAACGAAAUAAAACGAGGAUCAUGCAUGAAGAAGCUGAGACAUCGGGACGACACUGGAGUGAUGUGUCAAAGAAAGUUGAAAAAAUGAGGUCAGUGUCUCCAGUUCCAAGUAAUGUGUCCAUGAGGAGUGACUGGUCCAAGUGGAACCCUCCAGACUUCAGUAAGGAACCUAGACCUCCUGACCCUAGUCUUAGAGCGGUGUCUCCAGUUCCCAGUAUUAUGUCCAUGAGGAGUGACUGGUCUAAGUGGAACCCUCCAGACUUCAGUAAUGAACCUGGAAAACCGAGGUCAGUGUCUCCAGUUCCCAGUAAUGUGUCCAUGAGGAGUGACUGGUCCAAGUGGAACCCUCCAGACUUCAGUAACGAACCUGGACCCACUGACUCAAAUCUGAGGUCAGUGUCUCCAGUUCCCAGUAAUUUGUCCCUGAGGAGUGACUGGUCCAAGUGGAACCCUCCAGACUUCAGUAAUGAACCUGGACCCUCUGGCCCACACCAAUUAAAAAAUCUGAGGCCUGUGUCUCUAGUUCCCAGUAAUUUGUCCUUGAAGAGUGACUGGUCCAAGUGGAACCCUCCAGACUUUAGUAAUGAACCUGGACCCACUGAUCCACACCAAGUCAAAAAACUGAGGCCAGUGUCUCCAGUUCCCAGUAAUGUGUCCAUGAGGAGUGACUGGUCCAAGUGGAACCCUCCAGACUUCAGUAAUGAAGAGGACACUUCAGUGACACACUCGGAGUUCCCAGUUAAAAAGGUGACCAAAGAAACUGGACUAUUUAAAGAUUUAAAUCUUCUCAGUGAGCAUAAACUCAGCCUGAAGAGGAGAAACGAACACGUGGCUGAAGGCACUGACGCAGCCGGAGCUAGAAGAGACUUAAAAUCUGUCUACACUGAAAUUUACCUCACAGAGAGACAAAAUGAGGAGCUGAAUGCCCAACAUGAAGCCCGGCAGCUGGAGGUCAUUUCUAAGAAGAAGACACUGGAAGAAACCCGCAUCCAGUGCCAAGAUAUAUUCAAACCAUUAACAGACAGAGAUGCCCAGAAGUCGAUCAAAGUCGUGCUGACCAAUGGCGUAGCAGGCGUGGGGAAGACCUUUUCGGUGUUGAAGUUCACUCUUGACUGGGCCGAGGACUUAGAGAACCUUGACAUUGAUUUAGUCAUCCCAUUGUCUUUCAGAGAGCUCAAUUUGGUCAGAAAUGCACAUUACAGUCUGCUAACACUACUGCAUGUUUUCCACCCGACACUGAACAACCUCACAGCUGAUGCGCUCUCCAAGUUUAAUCUGCUUAUAUUUGAUGGUCUCGACGAGAGUAGACUCAAGUUGGAUUUUCUUAACUGUGAGGAGGUUUCUGAUGUGACACUCAAGUCUUCAGUCGACGCCCUUUUGGUCAACAUCAUAAGAGGAAACCUGCUACCCUCUGCUUUAGUCUGGAUCACGUCUCGACCGGCAGCAUCCAAUCAGAUCCCAUCAACGUGCAUCGACAGAGUUACAGAAGUACGAGGCUUCUUCAUGGACGCCCAAAAAGAGGAAUAUUUUCAGAAAAGGUUCACAGAUGAGCAACUGUCAGCUGGUAUCAUCUCCCAUAUCCACGCCUCCAGAGUUUUGCACAGCAUGUGUCAGAUUCCAGUCUUCUGUUGGAUUGUUGCUACAGUGUUUGAGCAUUUGUUCACUACAGAGGGCAGCUAUGAAUUGCCCAAGACGCUCACUGAUCUGUACGCGCAUUUCCUGCUUGUUCACAUGACGAGGAACAAAACUAAAGAUUUGGUUAAAGGGCAGGGCAGACAUUCACUGCAGCUGACUCAGGAAGACAGCGAUGCACUACUGAAGCUGGGGAGAUUGGCAUUUGAGCAGCUCCACAAAGGGAAUGUAAUGUUUUAUGAAGAAGACCUGGAAAUGUGUGGCCUAGAUGUGAAAAAGGCUUCUGUUUACUGUGGAAUUUGCACGAAAAUCUUCACAAAGGAAGAGUGCAUGCUUUUUGACAAAUCGGUUUUCAGCUUUGUACAUCUGAGCGUUCAAGAAUUCCUCGCCGCAGUUUACAUCUUUCAUGCUUACCUCAUCAGAGACGACACGGUGCUGAGAAAUUUCCUUUGCAACAGAUACGCAGAAGACAACGCUGAUGUAAUGCCAUUUGAAGAGAUGGAAGAGGAUGAAGAGGAGGAAGAGGAGUGCUCAGAUGAGGAAGAUGAUUCAUAUCUUGAUAAUUUUUUGAAUACAGCUUUGGAAAAUUCCUUCACAAGUAAAACCGGACACUUCGAUUUGUUUAUUCGCUUCCUUCAUGGGCUUUCUCUCGAAUCCAAUCAGAAACUUUUGGUGGGUCUUUUUGGACGCACAGAAAGCUGCCCUGAAAUUCUAGAAACUAUAAUAAAUGAUCUGAAGAGAGCGGGCAGUGAAGAGGAUGUUAAUCCAGACAGAAGCAUAAACAUUUUUCACUGUUUGACGGAGAUGAGGGACAAAACUGUUCUUGUAGAUCUGCAGGAGUUUCUCAAAUCCAGUCAGCUGAGCAGUCGAUCUGGAGAGUCCUUGUCUGAGCUUCAGUGCUCGGCUCUGGCUUACAUGCUGCAGGUGUCAGAGGAGGUUUGUGAAGAGCUGAACCUGCAGAUGUACAAUGCUUCUCCAGUGGCUCGAGGGAGGCUGGUCCCUGCUGUGAGGAACUGCAGAAAUGCCAUACUGUCGAACUGUGGCUUGUCAGAGACUCACUGUGAGAUUGUGGCCUCUGCUCUUCGGUCUUAUCCGUCUUAUCUCAAACUCCUCGAUAUCAGUGACACUGAACUGGAGGAAUCGUCCGUGAAGCUGCUUUCAGAUGGACUCCAGAGCCCUCACUGCAACUUAGAAACACUUAGGUUAAUGGCAUGUGAUUUGUCUGAGAUGAGCUGUGGUUAUUUGGCCUCUGCCCUGAAGCUGAACCUGUCACAUUUGAGAGAGCUGGACUUAGGGGACAAUAAUCGCAUAAAGGACACAGGGUUGUCUCUGCUCUGUGGCUUUCUGCAAAGUCCAGAUUGUAAACUCCAUACACUUAAGUUGAAUGAGUGCCUUUUGACUGAGGCUGGCUGUGCGUCACUGACCUCGGCUCUGCUGUUGAAUCCUUCCCACCUGAGAACACUCGAUUUGAGCAUCAAUGACGUGAAACAGAGUGGACUGAACUCUCUCAGCAGCUUUCUACAAGUCCCACUGUGCCGGCUGGAAGUUCUCAGACUGGAGAUGUGCAGUGCGACAUGGAUCAGCUGUGCUCCUCUGGCCUCAGCGCUGAAGCUGAACCCGUUUCAUUUGAAAGAAUUGGACCUCAGUCGCACUGAUAUCCGGGACUCAGGAGCACUGUGGGACGUCCUGGGGUCUCCUCACUGUCACCUGGAGAUGCUCAAGUUGAAGAACUGUAGACUGUCUGAUGUCAGCUGUGCAUCUUUACACUCAGCCCUGAAGUCGAGUCAGUUAAAAGAGCUGGACCUCGGCGGUACUUCCACACAAGGUUUAGAGGAGCUUUCUGUUCGGUUUCCUAAUGUGCACAUGAAAUUUUGAGAUCUUUUAUGAAGCUUUGUCUCACACUCCAU